AUGCGGGCGCAGUUGACGAGGAUCCCAGAAUGGUUUGAGUACUUUGCGGCUUUGGCGCGAACGUCAGAGGGAUCGGUUCCACCUUUCUCGGGGCCGUAUGUGAACUAUGUGCAGCGUCUCCCGCUCGGAACUAUCACGCCGUGGAAUCACCCGUUGCUGAUUGCUGUGAAGAAGCUGGCUCCUGCGUUGGCGGCGGGCAAUUCGGUGGUUGUGAAGCCGUCGGAGUUGGCCCCUCUCACCGUCGUGCUGCUUGCUGAGCUCUGUCACGAAGCAGGACUACCUGCCGGAGUGUUUAACUGCGUCCCUGGACUAGGAGGUGUUGCUGGACAGGCUCUUGCAGAACACCCAUCGAUUAAGAAAAUUGAUUUUACGGGGGGAACAGCGACUGGAAAGCGGGUUGCUGCCGCUGCCGCCGGCAACCUCGCAAGUACGACGAUGGAGCUCGGGGGUAAAGCACCGAUCGUCGUCUUUGAUGAUGUGGACGUGGACGAAGUGGUCAAUGGCGCAGCGUUUGCGUGUUUCAUUGCAAGUGGCCAAACAUGCGUGACGGGUGCGCGCUUGAUCGUUCAUGAAAAGAUUUUUGACGAGCUGGUCGAUAAGCUUGUGGCGAAAGUGAAGCCAAUCCGCCUGGGGGAUCCGAUGAAUGAUCGAACACAAAUGGGGACUAUUAUUUCGAAGCCACAUCUCGAUCGUAUUCACGCUAUGGUGGAGCGUGCCAAGCAAGCCGGUGCAACGAUACGCUGUGGAGGCCGCCGAGCCCCAGGUCUCAAGGGAUACUUCUAUGAGCCAACGGUGGUCACGGAUACCACCCCGGACAUGGAGAUUGUCCGGGAAGAAGUCUUCGGCCCCGUUGUUACCGCGUAUUCCUUCAAGGACGAGGAUGAAGCUGUUCGGCUAGCCAAUGAGUCGCCAUUUGGACUUGGGGCAGCAAUAUGGACAACCAACAUCAAGCGUGCUCAUCGUGUUGCGCACAACAUGGAAGCUGGAAUUAUUUGGCUCAACGACCACCAUCGUAACGAUCCCUCGAGUCCUUGGGGUGGUGUGAAGGACAGCGGCAUGGGAAGAGAGAAUGGUUUGGAGGCGUAUCGCUCGUACUCCCAAGUCAAAAGUGUGAUAGCCGGAUAUGGAAGCGAAAAGUUUGACUGGUUUGUCGAUGACACGGUUCGAUACGGCUGA